CAAGAAUCUGUCGUCUCGUGUCGUUUGAAAACAACCUAACAUGUUGCAUUUGCAGCAUUUGCUGAUCCCAUAUUGAUUUGCUUUAAAAGCGCUCACCCGUAUUGUGUCCCAUUUCCCGCAAAAUAUCCUACCUGGAAGAAAUUUUCGCGAUCUAUUUUUCUGGAUGCAACAUCCUUCAGUCACCACUGAAUACUGUGAUUCUGAUUCGUGUGGAAGUUUCCGAUAAAUAGUAUUGUGGCGUAUGGCCCCCUAACGUGUGCAAGAUGAAUAUUGAGACGACAAACGCUAAUUUAUCACAGGUCCGUCGUGUCAAGGAAGGCUGGCUGCUGAAGCGCGGCGAGCACAUUAAGAACUGGCGUCCGCGUUUUUUCGUACUGUUUGAAGAUGGCUCGCUGAUUGGCUUUAAAAACCGUCCCCAGGAGGAUCUUUCCAAUCCGCUGAAUAGCUUCACCGUGAAAGGAUGCCAGAUAAUGAAAGUGGACAAACCGAAGCCAAAUACUUUUCUCAUCCGCGGUCUCCAGCUGACGACGGUCAUUGAGCGCAUGUUCAAUGCGGAGAACGACAAAGAUCGCGAUGAAUGGUGCCGAGCCAUUCAAAGUGUCGCCGAAAAGCUGACGCUGGAAGACGGUCCCGUGCAGCAGGAUUUCAUGAACAUUGCACCGGGCGCACAACAAUCCGGCCGCCAACUGGCCAUAGGAACGUCCAGUAAAGUCCACAAGGAGGGCCGCAAGAUUACUCUGGAAGAUUUCGAAUUUAUUAAAAUGUUGGGAAAAGGAACGUUUGGCAAGGUUAUCCUCUGCCGGGAAAAAAACACCAGCCAGCUUUACGCUAUGAAAAUCUUGAAAAAGGAGGUCAUCAUUGCCAAGGAUGAAGUGGCCCAUACAUUGACCGAAAACCGCGUCCUCCAAAACUGCCGACAUCCUUUCAUUACCCAGCUAAAAUAUUCGUUCCAAACCAAUGAUCGACUAUGUUUCGUUAUGGAAUAUGUGAACGGCGGGGAAUUAUUUUUUCAUCUCUCACGGGAAAGGAUUUUCAGCGAAGAUAAGGCUCGAUUUUAUUCAGCCGAAAUCCUUUCGGCCAUUGGUUAUCUGCACGAAAUGGGUGUCGUGUACCGAGAUUUAAAACUAGAGAAUUUGCUCCUGGAUAAAGAUGGGCAUAUUAAAAUUGCCGACUUUGGAUUGUGCAAAGAGUACAUUACAUAUGGUGCCCGAACCAAAACUUUCUGCGGCACGCCGGAGUAUUUAGCUCCAGAGGUUCUUGAUGAAAACGAUUAUGGGCGCGCUGUGGAUUGGUGGGGAUUGGGCGUGGUGAUGUAUGAAAUGAUGUGCGGACGCCUUCCGUUUUACAACCAAGAUCAUGACGUCCUCUUCGAGAUGAUUCUCGUCUCCGAGGUGAAGUUUCCAAAAAUCUUAUCAGAACAAGCCAAAAGUAUUCUAUCGGCACUGCUCGUGAAAGAUCCCUCCCGUCGUCUGGGUGGCGGACGCGGUGAUAGCGCGGACAUUAAGGCACAUCCGUUCUUCGCCAGCGUCAACUGGGACGACUUGGUGAAUAAGAAGUACACACCGCCCUUUAAACCACAGGUGUCGGACGAGACGGAUACGCGAUAUUUCGAGCAGGAAUUCACCGGUGAGUCGGUAGAGUUGACACCGCCCCGUCCGGGCGCCCUGGCAUCCAUUACGGAAGAGGAUGCGCCGUACUUCACUGAGUUCUCCUACCACGGCGACCGUCGGGAAUCGCAGAUGUCCGUCGAUGCGGAUGACCGCUGAGCGAAAUUUUCUGUGCACGGAAGCGUGGGCGUAUUCCCAACGCGCGUUUGAUGGGCGUGGGAUGGUAUCGAUUGGGAUGGGGAUUAUUAUGUUUACAGUGAGAAAUUUUAGGCGUUUUUUUGUUUUUGUUCGCAUUUGUAGUAGUGAUGCAUGGAGGAUAAACGUUGAUCGAUUUUAGUUUUGUGGCAGUGUUAUGGGCUUUUUUCUUCUGGCACUUCGAUGGUGUUUUCGCAUUCUCCCUGUUUUUUUCGUUAGUUAUUCCGAUGGAUAGACAAAAUGGUGGUUGUCAUUCCUCACAGCUUUUUUCGCGCUGGAAUGUGUUAACGCAUCACUUCUACAGCGGCCCGUAAGAUUAGAAGCCUGUUU